UGAGAAGCCGGGCUCAAACUGGGGGACUGUGGAUGUUGUCUGGCUCUGACUGCUGUUUUCUUUCAGAUGAAGAAUGCCAUGAACUUGCCUGGCUUUGGAAACCCGUCCAGGGCAGGGUGCAAAACACACUAGUAUAUUUCAGUAUAUCAAGAAGCUCUUCCUGACGGAACAGGCCGGUCGGGCUCAGGCGGUGGACUUCCUGCGCAAGAAUGUGGCCAACUCCAUCUCCAUGGCGAACCUGGUCAUGGGCCUCUCCUCCAUCCUGUGCAGCCUCAACGGGCUGCACCAUCAUGCCUGCUGGCUGGUCCUGGUCGGGUUCCUGCUGGACCUUGCGGACGGAGCCGUUGCCAGGCAGCUGAAUGCUUGCUCCGCCUUGGGUGCUAAACUGGACGACUUUGCAGACUUCACCACCUUUGGCCUGGCCACGACUCUGCUCCUGCAGGCCCACAGCAUCCUGGACGGGGUGCUGGCCAUCGUGUACGUGCUGGCCGUGUUCACACGCCUCUGCUUCUUCUCCAGUGGGGUCCCCUUCAUGUACCGGGGCCUGCCUUGCCCUUACGGCUCCUCCGUGCUGGCUUCCACCUACCUCCUGACCGGGGGCAACCUCGUGGUGCUGCGCAUCGUCGCCAUGGUGAUGAUUCUCUUCAUGGUGGACCAGGGCUUCUACCCUCAUGACAAGGUGUUGGAGUCCCAGGCUUGGAAGAAGGUGGUGUACGCGGGAGGGGUCGUGGUGGUUUUCUUCUCUGCCUUCCCGACAGCCUCGCUCUACUAUCUCCUCUGGUCUAUUUCAUACAUCUUCUUCCCCACUGCCUUGUGGAGCGACAAAGCGUGAGGCCACCUGCGGCGUCGCACAGACAGCGCCAGCUUCGUGCACGGCUCCGGUGACGCGUUCGAGGCAGCCCUGCGGUUCCGGCCGAGCGAUCCAGUGUUAACAUCCAUGAGUUGCCUAAAACCUUACUAAAGCUUUCACUGUCCUGACUUGAACGAAAUGGCUUUGGGGUGUCUCCAUCACAUCCUCCGGGUAGGAGGACCCUCGGGGGCGCGUGGCGGAGGCCUGCUGCCAGGUGGAGGACUGGCGCCCCCUCCCAGCCUCGUGUUCGGUGUAGAUAUGAAUGUACAGAUUCUUGAUAAAGAACACUCUAUAGAGAUUUCAGAGGAAGUCAUUUUUAGAUCCCCCCCCCCGUCCUUGGUGUAUCACGUUGGUGGCUUUUAGGGGCUCUCUGCGCUCUCCAGCACCUGCCAGGAAUCCUCUUCUCUCCAGGGUGGGGUCUGGAAAAGGAGACCCCCCUCCCUCUCUGCCAACAUCCGGCCAUCUUUGUCUGGGAAGCCUGGGGUGUGUGUGGUGAAAGCGAGUCAACAUAAGAACAUAAGAG